AUGUUGAAUGUUGAUGUAAUUGGCAACAAGAAAAGGAAGAGAUGUGGGAGGGUUUUCAGGUUCAAGAACUUUGGUGAACCAGGAUACCCUGUUAUGUUUAGUGGGCCAUUUCGUGAUAAUGUGAAUGCAUUACUUGAAUAUGCAAAUUUGGAGAGUGAUUUAAGCAUAGGAAUGCCAGUAUGGACAUUUCAACUUGAAGUUCAUCACCACCCACCUUUACAUAUCUUAUUGUUUGUGAUUGAAGAGCCAAUGGAGGCAGCGCUGAACCGUCAUUGCAAGCAUUGUCAAUACGUUGGCUGGGGUAACCAUUUCAUUUGCAAUAAGAAGUAUCACUUCCUGUUACCCUCAAAGGAGGCACUGGCUACCUGCUCAAGCUGUGAAGGCUGCUGUGACACAAUUGCUACAUUGAAUAAUGGUAAGUCCAAAUUAAUAGAAUUACAGGGCCAUAUGAUGCAUGGUGUUUUUCACUCUAAUGGAUUCGGGCAUUUGCUAUGUGUCAAUGGGUUGGAAACUGGAUCGAAUUUGGCUGGCAACCACAUCAUGGAGUUUUGGAAUCGUUUGUGCAAUGGAUUGCAAGCUAGGAAAGUGAGUUUGAAUGACAUUUCACAGAAAAGAGGCAUGGAACUGAGACUAGUCAAUGGAAUAGCAUACAGUGAGCCAUGGUUCGGUCGUUGGGGUUACAAAUUUGGUCGAGGAUGCUUUGGUGUAACACAAUCCAUGUACCACAAGGCCAUAGAGGCAAUAAGAAGCAUGCCACUAUACUUACUCACACACCAUAUUGGCAAUUCAAACCAUGACAUUCCACUCAUCUUCUCAAGGUAUCAAACACUUUCAGAUCAAUCUUUAGUGACCCUUGGUGACUUAUUUCGUUACAUGUUAGAACUCAAAGCACGCCUUCCCCGUGAAACCUGCAUUGGUUCCUAUAACACCAAUAAUGCCUUGGUUGAAACCAAUUGUCGUUGGUCACCUAAAAGGAUUGAGAUGGCAACAAGGGUCAUUGUUGAGGCCUUGAAAAGAACAGAGUUCAGAUGGAUUUCAAGGCAAGAAGUUAGAGAUGCUGCUCGUGCAUACAUUGGUGACACAGGUUUACUUGAUUUUGUGCUCAAGUCUCUAGGAAACCACAUUGUAGGGAACUACUUGGUACGUAGAAGCUUGAAUCCUGUGACUAAAGUAUUGGAAUAUUGCUUAGAAGACAUUUCCAAUGUGUAUCCAUGUAAUGAAGGCUUGGUCAUGAGUAAUAAAGUGAAGGACAAGUGCAAGAUUACAAGGGCUCAACUCAUGAAGGAUAUGCUUUAUUUGUACAAGUAUAUUCUCGUUGACUCAAAACCAAUGAUAGGAUCAGAGUUUCUCUCAGCUAUACCAUUGGCUGCUAGGAUAAUUCUUGACACCAAGUAUCUUAUCAAAGAUUACUUUGGAGAUGUUCCUUUCCAUGUUGAAUUAGGCUCAGAAGGAAAACUCAACCUUUAUUGUACAAUUUUGUUGAGGAACAAUGCAGGACUUGAUGAAAAUUUAAGCAAGGCUAUGCCACCCUAUGAAUGUAUCACAUUGAAAAGCAGUGCUACAAUCAAUGAGCUAAAGGUAGAAGUUGAAAGGAAUUUCAGAGAAAUCUAUUGGGGUUUAAGGAGUUUUGUUGUGGAAUCAACUGGGAAUUUGAAUGCCAAUGGGACAGAAAUGGUUUUUGGGCUAAUUGAAGUGGGUGGAAAGGUUCUUCUUGAGGGUUGGCAUGGUGACAUGAGAAUAAACACGAUUGAUCAAAUAUGUGAAAGUGAUCCAAACAAUGGCAUCGUAGACUGCACUUGUGGAACUAAAGAAGAUGAUGGUGAGAGGAUGGUAUCUUGUGAUAUUUGUGAAAUUUUGCAGCACACUAGGUGUGUUCGCAUUCCUAAUGAUGAAGAAAUUCCUCAUAUUUUUCUGUGUAAAAGGUGCGAGCAAGAAAUUGUUCUGUUCCCUUCUUUACCGUAG